AUGAAGGACAUCUAAGAACUCUUCCACCUUAGGGAAUAUUUGGAAAUACCCCAAUUAACAUAUAUUAGUCGCGAUAGUUCAGAUAAUUUAGUAGCCGUUGGUGAUUCCCAGGGAAAUCUAAUGAUACUUGAUUUAAUCAAAAAGAUUAGAAUUGCAAAGAAAGAGACAAAUGGUAAACGCAUUUUGAAAGUGUGUUUAAGUGACAGGGAGUAGGCUACGGAUGAAUAUAAGAAUGUUUGUGCGAUUGGAGUAAUUCACCAUAAUGAUGCAACUGUGUACAUUUAUAGAUAUAGAGUUAAUGAGAACAGAAUCUAACUUCAUCAUACAAUUACAAUGUCAAAAGAUAAGAAUUACAUUGGGGAAUAUCCCGUAGACAUAAAUAUUAGUUAAUACUGCCAAUAUAUAUCAAUUGCAUAAUAUAAUGGUUGUAUUAAAGUCUUUAGGAUUCCAGAUAUUAAAGUAGAUAAUUUAUAAAGUUUGAAUCAAGUUCCAAAUAAUAAUAGCCAUAAUGAACCUCAAAGUCCUAUGCAAAAUUAAUCGAAGAUGUCUGGUAGACUCAGAGAAUUUCAAUAAAUUGGAACCCAACAAUAAUAAUAGCAUAUUGGGAUAUAGAAUUCACCUCUUGAUGUACAAUGCACAGAACUGACUGACCUGGUGUAUUAGGUUAAAUUCAGAGGAGUCAAAAAAUAGUUGAAUUACAAUGGAAUACUUGAGAAAAUGAAAACUGAAAAUAUUAAAGAGUCAUAAGUAGAGGAGAAGGUAGAUCUGAAGAAGAAAUCUGUAGUUCCCAAUAAAAAACCAAUUGAAACAUCAUAAGUAGUAGAAGAGAUAUUGUAUGAUGACAAUUCGAAUUUCAUGAUAAGCGAUGAAGAUUACCCAGAGUAAAAAUUUAAGGCUCUAGUGGAGUUUGUGAAAGAAAGACUAAAUUUUUAGAGUGGAAACAAAACUUUUAAUGCUUACAAGUAAUAGGAUUGUGUUACUGGAAUAGUAGUUGGAUGGACAAACACUACUAUUUUAGAAAUACAUAAAUUUGCAAAUCCCUGCAAAUCUGCAUUACCUGAGUAUUUGAAUACUUAGUAAAUCUAAACUAUUAUUCAACAAAAAGUGAAGCAAUAAAUAAUAGAGAUCUAAAUAUUGUAUCCCUUAAGUUCGUUAGCAAUUUCGAAAAACUCAAUUAAUUUAGGUGUUGGUUUAAAAUAGGGGAGUGUAUUAGUGUACGAUCUGAUUAUGGAGUAGGAAAAAGGUUAUUUGGACAAACAUGUAUAUAGUUGCACUUUUAUGAAAUUUUGCGAAGACAAUAGAUUGGUAUCCGCAUCAUAUGAUGGAAGUGUGAAUAUCUAUGAUACAUAAGAGUGUAAAGUAUUAUGCAAAAGAACUCACUAAUUUAGAAAGGGAACAAGAAUGAAAAUUGAAGAAUAGAAGUAAGGAUUAUGGAGAAUCAUUGGCAUGAGUGUUAGUAAUACAGGUAUGGCAGUUGCAUUGGAUGCGUAAUAGGAAGUUAGAAUUUAUGAUGUUUGGCAUGGUGAAAAGAUAGCUAAAUUGUCACCUUAACAAGUGAUGGAUGAGAAAUCAAGACAAUGGGUUUUAGAAUAGCCAAUUGUGGCAUGUUUUAAAAAUGAGAUACUGGUAUCUGCUUCAAACAAACUUGAUUAAACAAAAUAAACCACAUUGUAGAUAUUUAAGAUUUUCGAUAAUCUAGUUAAUUUAUUUCCUGGUUUGGCUAAUAUCUACAGGAAGGGAGUGAGUAAGGAUAAGAUAAUGAAUUUGUUUUAGAGAAUAAAUAAAUUUGAAUUGUAAAAUACUUCUUUUGAAAUCCCUAAUUUAUAAUGUCCACCAUCAAAUUAAUAAGUCAAAAUUACUGGGCAAGAGAAUAAGGCAUCUUUUUAAAGACCAGGAUCCAUUCACAUUUCCAAUAGAAGUAAUAAAUUAAAUAAAUUACCACCUACUAUCAAUUAGAAUGGAAGGUAAUCAAGAGCCAUAUCUUUGAUUAAUUCGCUUUAAAAAUCAAACUAAUCUGAGUAAUAGGUUGAUUUUAACUCAUCAUUUCAAAGCAAUAUGCCCUCUUCAUUUACGAAUAGGUAGCAAAAGUAAACUUCUAAACAAAUUGUUCUCACUAAGGAAAUACUUCAUCCUGAGCAAUUUCUUUUGGAGAAGGAGAAGAUACAAAUUCCAUUUUUAGUUAAGGAGGAAUUGGAGAUGGUUCAAAAUUGUAGAAAUAGAAAUUAUGAGAAAUUAGCAAGAAUAGAGAAGGUUAGUACUAUGAUUCAAUAAGUGGGUUAAAAGUUGGCAUUGGAGGAGGAAAAGAGAAAACUCCAAAAGCGUUACCGUCAAUUAUCGGUUGCUAAGUGA